AUGCAAAGAACCUAUCCAUUUACUUCAUUCAAAUCCGGUCUUCUAAAGCCUCGAUCACCCAUUGAGGACGACACUGGUUCCACUGGUUCUCCUCCAGUAGCUUCACCGCAAAGCGUAAGGGCAAAAUUCUUUCCUGAGGAUAAAAUGAUUAUUUCCAAUUCUGGUUCCUCACCGCCUGCAAAAUUCAUGCAUAAUGAAUUAGACUAUGGGAGCCACGACGAAUCUGAGGUGAAUCAAUUUUUGAAAGCGGAACUUCAGAAAGCCUUAGAGAAAUUGGAGCAACUGCAAAGGUGA